GGCGGGGCCUCCGCACUUCCUCCUUGGCUCCGGCAUGGCGCCGCGCACGAUGCUGUUGCUGCUGCUGCUCCCGUGCGCCACCCCGGGAUCCGCCGAGAACUCCAGCCUGCCAGCCGCACCUUACAACUACACGAGCGGGGGGCUCCGGGACACGGGCUCCGCGCUGCUUCGCCUGUUCUACGUAGUCAGCGGGCUCUGCGGCCUGAUCUCGCUUUACUUCCUCAUCCGGGCUUUUAGACUCAAGAAGCCACAGCGAAAGAGGUAUGGACUCCUGACCAACACAGAGGAGCACGAAGAGAUGGCGUCUCUGGACAGCGAGGAAGAGACUGUCUUUGAAACCAGGAAUCUGAGAUGAUGUUGAGGUGGGGAUGGCAGGCCGCAAGGACGAGAAAGUAGUUUGCAGGCUCUGAUGUCAGCCUUCCUGGAGGGAGCCUGCACAGCCCCUGGGAGGGUGCGUGGACCAGGACAGCACAGAGACCUCGCUGAGACCGGCCCACAGACCUGAGGCCCCCCAAGGCCGGGCUGAUUUGUGCUGAGCUGCCACCCUGCCCCCCGGAAGGAACAAGGCAACCCAACGACAAGAUGUGAUGGAGCAGACGGACUUUGGGAUAUUCAUGUACACCUUCCUACUGUUUGGGGGACAAUAAAUGAAGCUGCUGUGGCUUUGUAGCUCA